AGGCGCCGGGGUGGGCCGCGCCGCGGCAGGCGGGCGGGCGGGGGGCGCUUCCUGGGGCCGCGCGUCCAGGGAGCUGUGCCGUCCGCCCGUCCGUCUGCCCGCAGGCAUUGCCCGAGCCAGCCGAGCCGCCAGAGCCUCGGGCCGCGGGGGCGUCGCGGGCCCAACCCCAGGAUGCUCCCCUGCGCCUCCUGCCUACCCGGGUCUCUACUGCUCUGGGCGCUGCUACUGUUGCUCUUGGGGUCAGCUUCUCCUCAGGAUUCCGAAGAGCCCGACAGCUACACGGAAUGCACAGAUGGCUAUGAGUGGGACCCAGACAGCCAGCACUGCCGGGAUGUCAACGAGUGUCUGACCAUCCCUGAGGCCUGCAAGGGGGAGAUGAAGUGCAUCAACCACUACGGGGGCUACUUGUGCCUGCCCCGCUCUGCUGCCGUCAUCAACGACCUACACAGCGAGGGACCCCCGCCACCAGUGCCUCCCGCUCAACACCCCAACCCCUGCCCACCAGGCUAUGAGCCCGAUGAUCAGGAGAGCUGUGUGGAUGUGGACGAGUGUGCCCAGGCCCUGCAUGACUGUCGCCCCAGCCAGGACUGCCAUAACUUGCCUGGCUCCUAUCAGUGCACCUGCCCUGAUGGUUACCGCAAGAUCGGGCCCGAGUGUGUGGACAUAGACGAGUGCCGCUACCGCUACUGCCAGCACCGCUGCGUGAACCUGCCUGGCUCCUUCCGCUGCCAGUGCGAGCCAGGCUUCCAGCUGGGGCCUAACAACCGCUCCUGUGUUGAUGUGAACGAGUGUGACAUGGGGGCCCCAUGCGAGCAGCGCUGCUUCAACUCCUAUGGGACCUUCCUGUGUCGCUGCCACCAGGGCUAUGAGCUGCACCGGGAUGGCUUCUCCUGCAGUGAUAUUGAUGAGUGUAGCUACUCCAGCUACCUCUGUCAGUACCGCUGCGUCAACGAACCAGGCCGUUUCUCCUGCCAGUGCCCACAGGGUUACCAGCUGCUGGCCACACGCCUCUGCCAAGACAUUGAUGAGUGCGAGUCUGGUGCGCACCAGUGCUCCGAGGCCCAAACUUGUGUUAACUUCCAUGGGGGUUACCGCUGCGUGGACACCAACCGCUGUGUGGAGCCCUACAUCCAGGUCUCUGAGAACCGCUGCCUCUGCCCGGCCUCCAACCCUCUGUGUCGAGAGCAGCCUUCAUCCAUUGUGCACCGCUACAUGACCAUCACCUCGGAGAGGAGCGUGCCCGCUGACGUGUUCCAGAUCCAGGCGACCUCCGUCUACCCCGGUGCCUACAAUGCCUUUCAGAUCCGUGCUGGAAACUCGCAGGGGGACUUUUACAUUAGGCAAAUCAACAACGUCAGCGCCAUGCUGGUCCUCGCCCGGCCGGUGACGGGCCCCCGGGAGUACGUGCUGGACCUGGAGAUGGUCACCAUGAAUUCCCUCAUGAGCUACCGGGCCAGCUCUGUACUGAGGCUCACCGUCUUUGUGGGGGCCUACACCUUCUGAGGAGCAGGAGGGAGCCACCCUCCCUGCAGCUACCCUAGCUGAGGAGCCUGUUGUGAGGGGCAGAAUGAGAAAGGCAAUAAAGGGAGAAAGAAA